AUAGCGUUAUUCCGGAUUGGACUCGGCGCGCGCCGGUGACGUAGACGCUGCGCCGGAAGUGCGAGCGGCGAGAGCUCCCGAGCUCCGUUAUGGCGGCUACGGCGGCACGCUGGAACCAUGUGUGGGUCGGCACCGACACCGGCAUCCUGAAAGGGGUGAACCUUCAGCGCAAACAGGCGGCGAACUUCAUGGCUUCAGGACAGCCGCGGCGCGAGGAGGCAGUGAGCGCGCUGUGCUGGAGCGCGGGCGGCGAGACUCAGAUCCUGGUGGGCUGUGCCGAUGGGACAGUGAAGCACUUCAGCACCGAGGAGGGCAGGUUCCAGGGCCAGAGGCACUGCCCUGGAGGGGAGGGCACGUUCCGAGGCCUCGCCCAGGUCGACGGAACCCUCAUCACUUGUGUGGAUUCCGGGAUUCUUCGAGUCUGGCAGGACAAUGACAAGGAGGCAUCCCCUGACCCACUCCUGGAACUCAGGGUGGGCCCUGGGGUGUGUAGGAUGCGCCAAGACCCAGCACGCCCCAACAUAGUUGCCACGGGUGGGAAGGAGAAUGCUUUGAAGGUGUGGGACCUACAAGGGUCAGAGGAGCCUGUGUUCAGAGCCAAGAAUGUACGGAAUGAUUGGCUCGACCUGCGGGUUCCCAUCUGGGACCAGGACAUACAGUUCCUCCCUGAGUCACAGAAGCUCGUCACCUGUACAGGGUACCACCAGGUUCGUGUCUAUGAUCCAGCCUCCCCCCAGCGCAGGCCAGUCCUCGAGGCCACCUAUGGAGAGUACCCACUGACAGCCAUGACCCUCACUCCUGGGGGCAACUCCGUGAUUGUAGGGAACACUCAUGGGCAGCUGGCAGAAAUUGACCUUCGGCAAGGGCGCCUACUGGGCUGUCUGAAGGGGCUGGCAGGCAGUGUCCGAGGGUUGCAGUGUCACCCUUCAAAGCCCCUACUAGCCUCCUGUGGCUUGGACAGAGUCUUGAGGGUACACAGGAUCCGGAAUCCACGGGGCCUGGAGCAUAAGGUUUAUCUCAAAUCUCAACUAAACUGCCUCCUCCUGUCAGGGAGGGAUAACUGGGAGGAUGAACCCCAAGAGCCUCAAGAGCCCAAGAAGAUACCUUCAGAAGACACAGAGACAGAUGAACUUUGGGCUUCCUUGGAGGCAGCUGCCAAGCGGAAGUUCCUGACCUCAUCUGAUUUGGAGCAGACCCAAGACGCUCUCCAAACCAGACGGAGAAAGAGGAAGCGGCCUGGGUCCACCAACUCCUGAAGAGCUUGUGCUCACUUUAUUUGUAAAUAAACACCAUAAUACGCACCAUGA